AUGUCUUCGGACAUCGAGGCCGCCAACGCACUCAAGGUGCAAGGAAACAAGGCGUUCGCUCAGCACGAAUGGCCGACUGCCGUGGAUUUCUACACAAAGGCGAUUGAGAAGUAUGACAAGGAGCCGUCGUUCUUCAGCAAUCGCGCUCAGGCGCAUAUUAAACUCGAGGCGCAUGGGUUUGCGAUUGUGGAUGCAACGAAGGCGUUGGAGCUUGACCCGGGUUAUAUCAAGGCAUACUGGAGGCGUGCCCUUGCCAACACCGCUAUCCUUAACCACCGUGAGGCCCUAAAAGACUUCAAAGCCGUCGUCAAGCGGGAACCCAACAACCGCGAUGCGAAACUCAAGCUAGCAGACUGCGAGAAGCUCGUCCGUCGUAUGGAAUUCGAGAAGGCGAUUGAGGUUGGCGAUCCGCCUUCGGCUUUCGAAGAUCUGGAUAUCGAUUCGAUGGCGGUGGACGAUGGAUAUGAUGGUGCCCGGCUUGAGAAGGAAAUGACACAGGAGUUUAUCGAUGAUAUGAUUGAGCGGUUCAAGAACGGGAAGAAGAUCCACCGCAAGUACGUGUUCCAGAUCAUCAAGGCGGUUAGAGACCUGGUCUAUGCGGAACCGACGAUGGUUGAGAUCGGGGUGGAAGAGGGGAAUAAACUGACAGUGUGUGGUGACACACACGGUCAAUUCUUCGAUCUUCUCGAAAUCUUCCGAAGAAACGGAUACCCCUCGGAGAAGCAUGCAUACCUCUUCAACGGAGACUUUGUCGACCGUGGCUCGUGGUCGACAGAAAUCGCCUUGCUCCUCUACGCAUACAAGAUGCUUCGUCCCAACGGGAUCUUCCUCAACCGUGGCAACCACGAGACGGACGAUAUGAACAAGGUUUAUGGUUUCGAAGGAGAAUGCAAGGCCAAGUACAACGAGCGGGUAUUCAAGGUCUUCUCCGAGUCGUUCUCCGCUCUGCCCUUGGCCACUUUGAUUGGCAGCAAAUACUUGGUUCUGCACGGUGGUCUCUUCUCGGACGACAACACAUCCUUGGACGACAUCCGGAAACUGAACCGACACAACCAGCGCCAGCCCGGCCAGCAGGGUCUGAUGAUGGAGAUGCUCUGGACAGACCCGCAAACGGCACCUGGCCGUGGACCCAGCAAGAGAGGCGUUGGUCUCCAGUUCGGUCCCGAUAUCACCAAGCGGUUCUGUGAGAAAAACGGUCUCGAGGCCAUUAUCCGUUCGCACGAGGUCCGCAUGGAGGGUUACGAGGUCGAGCACGACGGACGCUGUAUCACCGUCUUCUCCGCACCGAAGUAUUGCGAUACGACAGAGAACAAGGGCGCCUAUAUCAACCUGGGACCAGAACUCAAGCUCGAUUACCAGGUGUUUGAGGCGGUGCCUCACCCUCCUAUCAAACCGAUGGCAUACGCCCAGAACUCGCUUCUAUCUAUGAUGUGA